AUGUUGGCCAUACCGUCCGCACCGCGCAUAGAUGCGCGGAAACGUGCCGCAAUCAAGCGGCAGCAAUUCCAGAAAGCGGAGUUCGCAGAGCAGGACUAUCCUCAUCGCAUGAACUUCUACAUCAUCCCACCUACCGGAGACGUGACCUUGGAACAAUUCGAAGAAUGGGGGAUUGCGCGCCUCAAGAUUCUAGCCGAGCUGGAGGCUUGCCAGUUCCGUAACAAGACUCCCGCCGAAACGGAAGAGUACAUGCGACCGAUCCUCGCGAAACACCUGCCGCUCUCGACCAACAGCUCGAGGAGUAGUGAGAUCUCACUCGAACGGAAACGCGAUCACUACAGCCACUGGAUCUUACGAUUAGCCUUCUCGAGUACGAAAGAUCUUCGACAGCGGUUUGCGAGACUAGAGACACAGCUGUUCAAGCUGCGGAUACAGCAGGAUGAUUUGCGAGAGCGGAAGUCUUUCAUAGACUCGCUGCCCAUGUCAUGGGAGAUGGUCAGUGAUGAGGAAAAGUCGAUGUGGCUGGAUGAUCUGAAGGCCGCGACAAGUUGUAUAAAGACCGACGAAGAGAGCUGGUUCAAGUGUGAAUGGGAGAAUGUGCCAGAUCUCGUGGAGAGGCGGCAGGUGCUACUGAAGAAAGGCAAGGCAUACGUCCAUGUUCGAGAGCAGAUGGGCAUGGUCGUCAACGAGUUCUCGCGGCAAUUGGAUUCCGGGCUGGAGCUCGCAGCGCGUUUCUUACCCCGGAUGGAUGAGGACAACCGACUGGCACCAGUACUACACCAUCUGUCACAAUCGUUCGUGGCUCCUGAUGCAGGCUAUGCAGAGAGCUCGAGCCUGAGCGACAUUGCAAACAUAAACGCCGCGUCCAUCGAUGGCUAUAGCCAGCACUUCCCGCUGUGCAUGCAGAAUCUGCAUCGCGAAUUGAGGAAGAACAGCCACUUGAAGCAUUUCGGACGUCUACAGUACACACUUUUCCUGAAGGGCAUAGGCUUGAAUAUGCAGGAGUGCAUUGCCUUCUGGCGAAGGAGCUUCAAGCUGAUGACAGACGAUAAAUUCAAAUCUGAGCAUCUUUACAACAUUCGCCACUCAUACGGUGAUGUUGGUGGUGACGCAAACCGACGAGGCCGUGGCUAUACUCCCUACAGCUGCCAGAAGCUGCUCACUGAACCUCUUCCCUCAGGUGGCCAGCAACAUGGAUGUCCUUACCGGACGUACAGCCCAGAGAAUCUCAUCACGCUACUGCAGAAUGUAGGAGUCACCGACAAGGAGCUCUUGAAGGGCGUGCGUGAGGACGUUGGCAAGCAAAGAUACCACAUUGCAUGCAAUAGAGUCUUCGAGUCUGCUCACAAGAAUGAGAUCAAGAAGGUCAAGGAGGAGUCACUCUGGCCAGCAAGUGAACUCGAUACCAUCCUUCACCCGAACGACUACUUCAAACGCAGCUUCCUGCUCAAGAAUCUUGGGAAGCUACAGAGUGGCGAUAUUGGGGUUGAUGGGCCCUCGCAGUCGUCCAGCAAUUGA